GACGGAUGGUCGAUGCGCGUGGAGGAAGCGGCGCGUUGCGAUGACGCCGUCGCGGAGCGCCUCGUAGUCAAGUUCAGGGUGUCCCCCGCCUCCUGCCCGAUGACAGCUGGGAUAAGCUCCAGCACUCCCGCGACCCUUGUGAGGAUAAGCGGCUCAGAAAAUGGAGGGAUGGAUGGAUGGAACACUUUUCGGCGCCGUGACUAAAGGCGAAGAAAACGCCUCAGUUGACUCGCAGUUCCGCGACGAACAAGACGCCGCUUCGGAUGCAAACAAGCCCCAAAUCGAGCUCCCGAGGACCGCCGACGAGGCUGCCGGUCCUUAUGCGACCCACGGGAUGGCCGAGAGACCGGACAAUGAGGUGGAGGAGGCCGAGCACAUCUACCUGCUGAUGAAGGAGGAGUACCGCAUCUCCCGCAACGUGCGUCUGGCCUGGUUUCUGGGCAAACUCAACCAAGUCAUCUGGCCCGCGUCCGAGCGGGAGCUGCUCAACUCCGGCAACGAGUUGGACCUGCUGAGCGUGUUACCCAAAAGGUGGCAGCAGGACGCCAACGCCGCCCAGCCCGCCGUGUUGAUGCCGUCCACCCGCGCCACCUUUUUGGCGCGCAGGUAUCGCUUCAUCAUCGAGCUGGACCUCAGCCCCUCCACGGGAAUCGUGGACGACAGCACGGGCGAGCUGAUUUUCGACGAGGUGUUCCACGCCUUGUCCAGAUGUCUGGGGGGUCUCGCGCAACCCUUCAAGGUCCCGGGAACCGAGCAGCUCUUCACGCCGAAGAUCUUCGUCACCGUCCUCGUCUACUCGUCCAUUUUCGGACUGGCGUCCCAUCAGGUCCUGGUUCAGGGAUGUCAGCUGGAGCGGGCGGACCUGGGCCAGUUCCUGCAUCACAUCUACCAGCAGCUCAAAGCCAUGGAGAGCAACAUCGCCGACGUGCUGAAUCAGCAGCGUGAGAGCAGCUCCUCCGGCGAGUGCGGCGCCCUCGGCAACGGCGCCGACGACCAGCCUCCGAGGAGGCCGAGCGUCUCCAUGGUGUCGGCGGACGUGGGCCUGGUCAGCAUGGUGCGCCAGGGCAUCCUGGCCCUGCAGCUGCUGCCCCCCAACUCCAGCGCCGGCAUCAUCAUCAUCACGGACGGCGUGAUGAGCGUCCCGGAUGUCGUGGUGUGCGAAACGCUGCUCAACCAGCUGAGGAGCGCAACCAUCGCGUGCUCCUUUGUGCAGGUGGGGGGUCCGUACUCGUACGACUGCAGCUUCGGCUACAUCCCCAACGUGGAGCUGAUGAAGUUCAUCUCGGUGGCCACGUUCGGGUCGUACCUGGCGAGCUGCCCCGAGGCGGACCCGAGCGACCGGGACAUGAACGCCUACCACCAGGCCUUCCUCACGUACUCCUUCCUGAAGACCCCCGAGGCCGUCAACUCGGACAUUUUGAGCGUGUGCCAGCACAAGCUGUUCAACGAGCACUUGGUGUCGGCCGGCGGCAACCCGGCGCUGGCGAUGCGUCGGAAGAAGCACACGGAGAAGGAAGUGCACGCCCACUUGGUCAGCGUGGUGUCCGUCAGGCUCCGGGAGGGCUACACCAUCCGAGAGAUCGGCCUCACCAAAGGCGGCAGCCAGCUGGAGGUGAAGCUGGUGUUGCUGUGGAAGCACAACAUGCACAUCGAGUACGUGGCGUCGGCCGGCUGGCCGCUGGACCCGGCCAAGCGCGCCACCCGCGUGGAGGUGACCAUGGAGGGCAGCUACGACAUCCUGCACGACAUCAGCUGCACGCAGAGGAAGCCCAUCACCAGCCCCUACCGCACCUCCGUCAUCCGCCGCUUCUGGAACACCCUGCAGAGCAUCAACCAAACGGAUCAGAUGCUGGUGCACCUGCAGUCCUUCAACUCGGUUCCGGAGAACUACACCAUCCCCGAGAGCACCAAGAACGGAGUGCCGCUCUUCUACAUCCCGCCUGGAUCCACCACGCCGGUGCUGUCGCUGCAGCACGGCGCCUCCAAAGAGUCGUCGCAGUCGCAGUUCGCCUCCUACUGGAAGCCCGUCCUCUCCAUGGACGCCAACUUCUGGCAGAGGUGGCUGCACAUGCACCGCAUCGCCAUCAUCCUCGAACACGACAUGCCGGUGCCCAAACACUUGCACACGGCGGGCAACAACGGUCGCUACAGCACCAUCCAGUGUCGCAUUUCGCACUCCGCGCUCACCUCGCUGCUGCGGGACUGGAGCAGCUUCGUGCUCGUGGAGGGCUACUCCUACGUCAAACUCAUUUACAGUUCUCCGGAGCAGCCCCCGUCUUCCUUCUACCUGGUCCGGCUCAUCUCCAAGACCCCCUGCAUGGUUCUGCGACUGGGCUUCCCCAUCGGGACGCCGGCGCACAUCCGAAACAAGAUUGUGGACGAGCUCCGCGAGCAGAUCCUGAAACUGCGCUUCCCGCAGCGCAUUCAGAGCAAGGAGGCCACGCCCAAGACCAAGAGGAAGGCGGCGGGGGCGCCGGGACAGCCCUCGCCGUCCAAGUCUCCCGCCCUCUCCGCUCCCAAGCAGGCGCUGUUGGACCGGCCGUGCGUGGUCGUGCUCAACAAGCCGCUGGAGAAGCUGCUCAUCAGGUACGAGAAGCUGCCCGGAGACUUCAGGACUCCGUUCAUCUUCAGCUCGGAGAACGCGUCCGGCGGGGCGGCGCCCGUCGGCGUGGCGGCCAACCGCGCCGCCUCGUCCACGCUGGCGUCGCUGUCCCGCUACUUCCUGCACCGCCGCUGGGUGUGGGCGGUGCAGAGCGGCCACGGUCAAGCCGUCGCCACGCAGGCCGUCGGCCACGUUCUGUCCGUGCUGUCCGAGAUCCGCCUGCUGGAGGGUUUUCAUUUCGCCGCCAGCGGAGACGGCAUCGUCAACAUGGUCGUCGAGCUGCCCAUGAAGGGCGCGUCGGCCGACUCUGAGCGCGAGAGUCACUCGUGCAUCGUCCAGUACGUCCUCUUCCCGCCUCACGCCACCCCCACCAAGGACAGCUUCUCCACGGACGACGACAACGACACGGAGGUGGAGGCGGUGGACGCCGACGUGGAGCUGAACUUGGUGACCGAGUGCUGGGUGGAGCCCCAGAGCGGCACCGUCGCCGAGCGCUCGGAGCAACACCGCCACCUGCGGGGCCUCCGCUACCAGGAAGUGCCUCAAGCCAUCUUCCCCAGAGAUUUGGCCUGCAUGUCCACCAUGAUGACGUUUGAGUACCUGAGUCAGCUGUGUCAGAACAAGGACCAGGUCUGCGCCGUGCCCGCCGGACUCCAGGACGGCGCAGCAGAACCUUCCGCCUCUGAGGAGAACAUUCAAAUGGUUCCUUUCCAGUUUGAUCUCAUCCAGCUUCUGCCCAAAUGCCAGCAGGCGGAGCUGUUCUUCCUCACCUUCAGCACAGACACGGAGGUGGAGGAGCACCUCCGCGGGGGUCCCUGCCUGCCCAACGAGCUCCUCCUGGGCCUCGUCCACAGCAGCCUGGAGCAGGAGCUCAGCGACCGCGAGAUCCCCGUGGUCGGCGGGGACCACGCCGCCUUCGUACGCCACGUCCUGGGGCGCGAGCGCGACGGCCGCCGGGCGCCCUUCCCCCUGCUCGGCAUCGAAGAGUUGACGAGGCAUCCCGACAGGCAGGAGCCGACGGCGACCUUUCGCUUGAGCGGCAGCAGUAGAGAGAUGACGGAACCCACCGGCACUUUACAGAGUUUGGCCCACGCCGAGCCAGCGUGCGACGAGUCUUCGCCGGCGGGGCGGAGCCGCUCGGUGCCCCAGUGGCGGUGCUACGCCAAGCACGUCAGCUCCCAGCAGAUCCUGCUCACCUUCCUGCCGGCCACUUUUGCAGAUGUCCUGACGCUGAUGACCUCGGGGCUGGAGGCGGAGCCUUCGAGCCACGCCAGCACGCAGGAGGACGACACGCUGACGCAGGCCGACUCGCCGUCCGGAUCCACCGGCCUGGCCUCGAAAGCGACGGGGAGCUCCGGCGGCGGCUCGCCCCUCGUCUCGCCGCCUCCGGACGACGGCCCGGACGGGCCUCCGGAGGCCCCGGCGGCGGACGGCUGGGAGAGCAGGAUGUCGGAAGCCCGACCCGGAACGCCCGGCUCGGAUUUGGGCGAAAGCCGUCAUCUGCCUGAGCCGCAUCGCUCCGGCGGCCACGGCCACGGCCACGGCGUCGGCGUCCUGGGCCGCCGGCUCUCCCAGCAGAGCGCCGGCACGCAGCUCAAGUGUCCCGUCUACGUCUACAACUGCUGCCUGGAGCUGCUGAAGGAGCAGCUGGUCCACCCCGCCGCCAACCGCCAGCCCAGGGACGUCUUCUUCAGGUCGCUUUCUCAGGACCGCAGCGGCCCGUCGCCUUGGACCGACCUCCUGGCGCAGCCUCACAAGCACAAGGAGCUGGCCCACUUCUGCAGCCUGCUGCAGGAACACUACCAGCAGAGCUUCGCCAAAGGCGUCUACCGAAGCCUCCAGCAGUCGCUCAGCAUCAGCUCCCAGGACGUCCUGAUGGCCAUGGACUACUGCGAGGAGUCCCUGCAGGAGAUCGACAUCACGACCUUCCUGCAGACGCUGUGCGGACACAUCCGGGUGUUCCGGGAGAACGGCUUUCGGGCCCCGGCGUGGACUCGGCCCCCGCAAGCCGCCGGCGGGUCGGCCGCCUUCGUCGUCGUCGGCGAGCCCGAGGAGGAUCGAGCCGACGUGAGGUCUGCGGUGGCCUCCUCGUCCAGUUUCGAGACGGAAGACGCCGGCGAAGCCGAAUCCCGAGGUCACGCCUCGUCGCCCCAGCCGGUCCAGGAGGCGUCCAAGAAGCUGUCGGCGUUCCCCCUGGACUUGCUGCAGAACCCUCCGGCCUGUGACCUGCGUCCAGAUGUGCACGCAAUAAUCCAGGAAAAGUUCACGGCGAUUGUGCUUCAGUAUUUCAAACCUGUGCCUUCCAGUCCACAUUACUUCUUCUACUGCCCGCCGUCUUCCAAGAAGGAGGAGGACUCCGAGGAGGGCGAGAUGGCGGCGAGGCUCAGCGAGGAAGCCGUGUCCGAGGCCGAGCAAGCCACCGAGGACGACUUGAAGUGCGACGGGUGCAUCACCACAGAGAGCGACAACGACCUGGUGGUGGAAUACGAGGAGCAGCCCGGCGGCGGCGGCAGGAGCCUCAGCAGCGGCGCCGAGGACCGCUCGGACUCCAACACCGUCAACCAGGACCAGGACUCCUUCAGCAUCUUGGACGAGGGAGACUCGCUGUUGGAGGUGGAGGGGCCGCAAAUGGACAUGCCCCCCCUCUUCCUGCACAUCACCUGCUCCGUCAACGCCAAGAGCUGCCACGGAUCCACGCCCAUCCGCGCCUUGCCCACCUGCCUCGGCGAGGUCGUUUCCUGCUUGGAAGACGCCGAAGCCUUGCAGUCGCUGGACCUGAACGAGCUCUCGAUCACGCUGGACAUCUUCGUCUUGACUCUCCCUCUGGAGAUCGAAGUCAUGGCUGACUUUCAUCACAACAGGUACGCGUCUGAGAGCAGCGUGUCUCUGACCCGUUCUCCGGGACAGCCGUCGUCGUAUCGCUCGGACGAGGAGCUGUCGGCGGUGCUGGAGGGACUGAAGGGAGCUGACGUGGACGUGGUCUGCGGUGAGCCUUUGUCCAAGCUGCCGCUUCCUCACAAGUUGGCCAUCGUGGCCACCACGGACGAGAUCCGCUGGCUGCUGGAGGACGAGAUGGUGUCGGCCCUGCGGCGCUCGCGCUCCGUCGGCCUGGCCACGCUGCUCAAGGUGGCGCAGCACGUGGUCCGCUCGGUCGGACGGCCGCAUUGUCGCAGCGAGGACGUCCCGCUGCAGUUUGUCUUCAGGCCCGAGCAGUCGCUGGACAAGUUCAAGGAGGAGUUCCGCCGCAUGGCGCUUCCCGGCUACGUGCUCAACAGCGAGCAGGACAGCUUCUACUUCGCGUCUCUGAGCCGGCUGCACCCUCAGAGGAUCCACGCCGCCGAGAAGCUGUCGGAGAGGGUCGCCGCCAAUGGGGCGCCCCCUCGGCAAGAGGACAGCGAAAAUGAGGCCGAAGACGCGACCGACACCGGCGGAGAGGCGACGGUGGAGUUUGGGGAGCCGGAGGGGCUCUCAAAGAGCGAUGGCGGCAACAGCCAGAGUUCGGUUAGCCUCCAGCUCCCGAGCGAGCCCACCUCACCCCCCGAGACCCUGUCCGGCGUCGGCUUGGCCGAGUCGGUGCAGUCCGCCUCUCACAGCUUUGGCAAGCCGAGGCCAAGUCGAGUACAGAGUGUCGUCUCCAGCCAAGGAAGUUUGGAUUCUGACAUGCAGGGCUACGACGGCGGUAGCAGCGACUCUGAGUGCGAGAGUCCCACCCUGGACAAUCAGGAGAGUCAGACCCCUCUGAUGCCCGAUUUCUGGCUCAUAGCCAAAAUCCACCAGGACAGAGUUGAGGUCUACUCACAUUCUCGGUGCGUGACCGCCAAAGAAGAAGAGAACAGCGAGGAGAAGCAGGAGCCGCUGGAACAUUUCCAGCUGCAUCAGAUGCUGGUCAGCAAGAUUGGAGAGCUGUGUCGCAGAGUUAACCAGCACAUGCUGCUGCAGGACCUUCACGACACUCACAUGUGCAACUCAAUGCUGGUGGCAGAGAGCGAGGAGGACAUCUGGAAGAGCGAGUCCGUGUACAGGCAGAGGCGCAACACCUCGGACGAUUACCACGCCGAGGAGAGCUACCAGGCCAGAGACUACCUGGCCGCCACCAUGCACUUCAUCCCCGGACACUUUGCCUGCGACGUGGUGUGGAGUACCGUCAUCCACAUCCAUCCCAGACUCAAGAUGGGAUCCAACAUGGGCGUGUCCAGAGCCAUUCAGGCCUUACGCUCUGUGCUCCACUCCUUCUGCGUUGGCAACAGGAAGAACAUGUUUGUCUACCAGGAGCGCACUACGAAAUCCGUCUUUUACCUCAGACUUUACGAGACGUCCCUAGCGGGCAAGUACUCGGACGUGGACGGCAGCCUCCACGCCUCUCGAUCCCUCGGCCUGGCCCGAAGUCAGGAGCCGCUCUUUUCCGAAGACAACGUGGGUUCCCGACCGGUGGGCCUGGCGGACAAGCACAUCCUGCUGCUGGUGCACGGCGUGGGAAACGCGGGUCCCGAGAUCACGGACGAGCUGGUGAAGGUUCUGCGCAAGCGUCUGGACGAAACCACGCUGGACCUCAUCACCGUCAUGCUGGUCAGGAACUGCAAGCUGACGCCCGCCGACGUGGAGUUCAUCCAGCCGUCCGGGUCUUCCUCCGGCGAGGUGAUGAUGUUCGGCCUCCCGGCCUUCUGCCGCCCGUGGCUGUCGGCCGUGUGGCACUACCUCCGCCAGAACUUGCUCAUCUUCCUGCACGUGCCCAAGUACACGGACAGCAACACGGCGCAUCACUUCAAGCACUGCUUUCAUUCCAGCGCCGACGUGGCGGACGGCGACAUCUACCUGUACAACAAACCCGGAGGUCAGGGGACGGGGGGCAAAGGAAUCGCGUGCAUCACGCUGACGUUGGCGGACGCGGCGGGGCGACCCCUUCAGGCGCCCGCCCGGGAUUGCGGCAGGCCGAGCGACGACUGCGCCGGCCCUCUGCGGCCCCAACACUUCGACCGCUUGACCGCCGCGCCGAGGGCGAAGGCCGACGCCGUGCGCGCCGACCGCGGCCGAGGCUCAGAGGCGGCGCCGCUGGUGCGCUUCGACGUGUGGGAGCAAGGCAACGUCAGCCCGGCGCAGCUGGCCGACAAGCUGCAGGCGGCGUUGCGCCACGCGCUGUGCGACGCGCUGAUGGAGCUGAAGGUGCUGCCCAACCCGCUCUGCCUGCCUCGCGCCAGCGCCGACGGGCACGCCCGCAAGGACCACCACGCCAAAGGUUCGAGUGCGAAGGAAGCGAAAAAGGCUCCCCGGCAGCGUAGCGGCUCUCGGGUGUUCAAAGGCAGCCCCUCGCCCAUCACCUUGCCGCACGCCGGCGGCACCGUGACGGGAUCCGGCACGCCAGAGUCCACCACGCCCACCGGGAAAAGUACACGCCGGAGCUUCUGGGACAUUCUGAGCAAACCCGACUCGUCGGAGCCGCCCGGCCCGAAAACCACGGACGACAUCGUGCCCGAGCGGGGCGAGGAGGCUCGCCCGGCGCGGCGCAGGCACAAGACGGAGAGCGUCAGGCAGCAGUGGUCGCAGGAGAGGCUCGGCGAGCUGGAGCAGGCGCACAGGAGGCAAGCGUGCCAGCUGGAGGAGGGCGACGCCGGCGCCCUGCAUCCCGUCUACCAGCUCACCUGCCAGCCCUGGAUGGCCUUCAUGGCCCAGCUCGGCUGCCCGUCCGUUCAGCGCUGCUCGGCCGACGCGGCCUCCCGCUUCCUGCUGCCGUCCCUCCUGGCCGAGCUGGUCAACCUGGUCGGAUCGCUGGCCGCCGACACCGGCGUCAAGGUCUUCGUCCAGACCAGAUUAUCAAGUGUCAGUGAUGACGAUGUAACGUCGCCUCGCAGCUGUCCCGCGUCAGGCGACAUCUUCGCGCCGUCCUCGGCCGUUCCAGACCUGUGGCGUCUCCCCCAGACUUCCCGCAGCUUCGUCGUCAUCGGGAGGAACUUCCAGCAGUGGCGCUGCAGCGGCGAGCAAGCGGACGACAGUUCCGAGGAGGAAAAUGCGGCGCCGCUUAGUCGAUUCACACCUCACAAAGGCCUGCAGCGCUUCGAGGCCUACGAGCAGCAGCAGCAGCAGGGCGGCGACUGCGCCGGCGUCUCGGGCCAGCAGCAGGCGGGCUGGGCGUCGGCGCCCGCUCCGCGCCAGAGGUUCCUCCUCAUCUGCAUCCUGGACAAAAAGGUGACGCUGUACAGCUACAACUGGUCCCCGGACCUGGGCGCCUCGCUGAACCGCGAGCUGCAGCGGCUGGUCCGGUGGCAGAACGCCCGCGCCCACGUGCUGCACUGCCUGCUCAGCCAGAAGAUGGGCCUGUUCCACCACCACUGCUUCUCCGACGCGCCGCUCCACGACGACCGCUCCCAGCGGGACCCCAACCCCUUCCUGGGUCCGUCCGCGGAGCCCGACACGCUCCUCCGCAGCGCCGUCCCGCCCCCGGCCAGCAAGGAGCAGGGUCGCCUGGCGUCUUCGGGCCGCAGCCUGGCGCCGCUUCACUUCCCGUCCGAGCUGCUGCCCUUCGACGAAGCCCUGAGGGACGUGUGCGCCGUCAGGGCGCUGACGGACGGGGACGCCGUGGCCCGGCACGGCGGGCAGCUCUUGGACAUCAAAGCGGCCGAGAGGAGAGAGCUGGAGAAGCAGAUGAAGAUCGAAAACCUGUUUGUGACGUGGCAGCAGCGCUCGGCACAGUCCAACAUGCCCAUCGCGAUGGCCGACCUGGAAACCUUGAAGCAGUCGUCGCGUCUGGUCCACUACUGCGCCACGCCGUUGCUCUUUGACCCCGUCUUCCGCAAGCAGAUCCAGGAGGAACAAGCCACGCAGCCGCCGACCAAGAAGCGACACCGGUCCAACGACUCGACGGCGUCGGGCCGCGACCGCAGCCACAGCGGCGACUCUGGCGACGCGCUGCCCGUCCGCCUGAAGGAAGAACACUGGGUGCUGGACAUCUCGGGCGCUUUUCUGCAGCAGUACGUGCAGUACCUGCAGAGUUUGGGCUUCAUCCUGGUGCAGGUGCGCCCGCAGUCGCCCGCUCGCAGCAUCGCCCGCGCCCGCGCCGCCAUGUUGAGCUCCAUGUCGUCCGAGGGCAGGAUGUCCUUCUCUUACGUCAAGCAGAAGAGCGAAGACAGCCCCAAGAGCGCCGCCUCCGCCACCACCGCGUACCACCUCCAGAGGGCGCUGCCGGGCGGGAUCGUGCUGAUGGAGCUGGCAUUUCAGGGCUGCUACUUCUGCGUCAAGCAGUACGCGCUGGAGUGUUCUCGCAUCCCCAUGGGCCAGUCGGUCAACUCGCAGGGCGGCCUCCUCACCAAAGUUCGUUGCAAGCCGUUCCCGGACUCCGCCCCCGGGUCUGACUGUUCGCUCUCCAUGCUGUUCACGGAGGAGUGCGACAAGGUCCGCGACCUGAUGCACGUGCACUCCUUCAGCUACGACUUCCACCUGCGUGUGGUCCACCAGUACCUGGUGGGCUGCCACAUGACGCUGCGCCAGGGCUACCAGCUCACCGACUUCCUCCGAGACUUCAUCACGCAGCAUCCCGACAUCCCCAAGUUUGGACGCAACCACGUCGUCCAAGGGAGCUUCUCCAUGUCCACGGGGAUGAUCACCGCCCACCAGCUGUACAACUACAUCACCGACCACGCCAGCACGUACGGCAUGAAGCCCCUCCGCAUGUCCAAGGCCACCUUCGCCGCCGACGCCAAAAAGGCCUCGCCGGACCUGCACGAGUACGCGCUGGUCGCCUUGUGGAACAGCUCGGGUUCUUACAAGGACCUGGAGGGCCUUCACCACCACGACGACUUUGACGUGUCCCUGGUGGUGUGUCACAAUGCUGCCCCCUUUGAGGAGCAGUCAGAGGGGGAGAGACACUCGCUGAGGCUGCACUUCUACGUGAUGAUGACGAGCCAGCGAGAACUCUUCCCCCGACUCACGGCCGACAUGCGGCGCUUUAAGAAGCUUCCUCAGAUCCACCGCGAGCUGGGCGGCCGCGCCGCCCCGGAUCGGGUGGAAACCUUCACGUCCCCCGGCGCCGAGCAAGACCUCUGGGAGGAGCCCCCCGGGUCCGGGUCGGCGUCCGAGACCCGCGCACCAAGCGACGGCAACGAGUUCUACCCUCUGGUGGGCGGCGGCGGCGGCGGCGCCGACUCCCUGGGGCCGCUUUACCCGACCCCGCUGUUCCCGUUGCUCAACAACGAGGUGGCCGCCGCCCGCCGGCAGAUCCGGGCCAGCGUGGAGGCGGCCAUGCGACACUGCCGCCGGGACAACCUGUGGAGGAGGCUGUUCCACGGCGAGCACCUGGCGCUGGACAAGCUGAAGCUGACCAAGUUGUCCUUCUCCGAGCUGGAGGAGCUGCUGGAGGCUGUCCAGACCCGCUCGGUGGGGGACGUUGACCCCCAGUUGGACUGCUUCCUGAACAUGAGUACGGCCUGGUACCAGAGUCUCAUCAAAGUCCUGCUGGGCCGAUUCCCUCAAAGUUGCCGGCAUUUCGACGACGCCGGCAUCCAAUAUCUGGCUGUCCUGAACCAGAAGUUCACGGACUGUUUCGUUUUGGUCUUCCUGGACUCCCAAGCUGGCAAAACGAGUCUAAAGGUGGUUUUGCGGGAGCCCCUGCCGCCGCGGCCGCAGGACGGCAGCAGCCUGCCGCCCCAACUGGUCUCCAUGUACCAGCACCUGGAGUCCGUCAUCAACGCGGCCUGCUACAACCUCUGGACCGGACUCUUGUAAGCGGCGCCUCCUCGUUUGAGUUGGUGUCUUCCAGUGACGGUCGUUGGCCGCAAAAGCGAGUUUGUGGCUCGAUAGCGUUAGCAUUAAGCUGAGCUGUUUGAAAGCAUUUUUUCAAAUUUAUUGUGACAUUUCUGGAUCAUGUUUUAGUUGUAUGAAAGACUCGGGUUUGGACUUCUAUAGGGUGCCAAAAGGUCCAGACAGGGUCGCAACUUAGUUAGCACACUGAGCGUGAGUAGACUCCAAAUGCUUGACCCCUCCCGAGAUGCGUGACAGUCUUUUGGACCUGGUCCUGAAAAGGGUCCGAGGCGCUUAGUUGGAUUCUGGAAUGAAAGGCAACUCGGAGGCUUUCCGACUGUCUGGAAAGGCAGAGCGGACCCUGGAUUGGUCACCGGUCCAUCGCAGGACUACCAUAGUGACACCAGCAAUCCCUGCAAAGGUCACGUUGGACUUAGUUCGCAUCGGACGCCCGUCUGCGGUCGUUGGACUUGAUGGGGGGGGGUUUGCCACCACGUCAGCGUUUGCGCCGACAUUUCAGUUGGGUUUUUUUUUUUUUUUUUUUGCUUUUCUCUGCCCAAAAGUGCCUUUCUAGUUUUUUUUUGUUUUUUUUUUUUAAUCGACUUUGCAAGUCACAAAAACUUGACGAGGAGGACGAGACUCGAGGGGUUUCUACCCCCCCCCCCCCCCCCCCGUCAGUGGCGCCAAUGUGAGCCAAACGCACCCACAGUCGGCUUAAGCAGGUCCAACGCUGGAGGCCAAAUUCCAAGCACUGCACUGUAAUCGCUCAUUUAUUGUAUAUUGGAAAUGAGAUACUGUACAGUUCCAUACAGGACACUUUAUGGACCUGACACACAAAUGCAAAAAUAAAUCAUUUUUGUGGGUGGGAUUGAUGUUCUAAACUUGCAUUUAGGCACAGGACGGUUAAUGUUUCCAAAAUGACAGCAAUUUUGCCCCCGAAAUGUCACAUUUGCUUCCGUUCUGCACGGACGGUACAGAAAGUUUUCACACCCCCUUCAAUCCCCCCCCCCCCUUAUUCGUGUGCACACAGGAUUGAUUAAAAAAAAAAAUUGAA